AGGCCGCCAUGCGCCUCAGGCACGAGCAGUGGAAGCAGCGCUAGCAGAGAAGGCAACCACGCGGCUGACAUCAAGGGGUACGAAGACGUGCCGGCCAACAGCGAGUCCGCAUUGCUGAAGGCCGUAGCGAGUCAGCCCAUUUCGGUCGCGAUCGAUGCAGGGGAUUCCUCGUUCCAGUUCUACAAGAGCGGGGUCUUCACAGGAGAGUGUGGUACCGAAUUGGACCAUGGUGUGACGGCGGUCGGGUAUGGGGAGAGCGGAGGGAUGAAGUACUGGGAUUCGAUCGUGAAUUCCCGGCAGCAGAGAGAUCUCCGCCGCUUUCACCAAAAAGAGGAGAGAUCUCCGUCGUCUGACCACUCUCCCCUGUUCCUCGGUCCUUCGCCGUCGGGGGAUCCUCAAUCGCUGCCUUUCCGGCCUCUUGUAUCUGGCCCGUCGGCUUCCGUCCUUUUACUCAAGAAGCUGUCUAUGGCGGCUCGGUUUCAGAUUGAGGGAGACGACUCAGUUCUCCUCCGCGUCACCCACUCCAAUCUCAAAACUUUCUCUGCCGAGGUCCGCUGCUCACUUCAGUCAACAGUAGAAGCAGUGAAAGACAAGCUAUGGAGGAAAUGUGGGACAUCGGUCAAUUCAAUGUCGUUGGAGCUCUAUGAUGAUGCUAACACCAAAAUCGCUGAUCUGAAUAAUCCCACUACUCUCCUCGGCUUUUACACUCCUGUCGACGGGUUCCGGCUACACAUUAUAGAUCUCGAUCCGUCGUCUGUCACUUCUGGUGGCUGGUUGGAAGACACCUCAUUGGUGGAGAAGUACACAAUCUCAGAUGAAUCAUAUGAUAAACUUGAUGGAACUUUCAGGAAGUUCAAAGAAAAGAUGGUCGCUCAAAAUCCGGCAGCCUUUGAGCCGAAGAUAAUGGAAAACUAUAUGCAAGAACUAUGUGCAGAUAUGAAGGUAGGAGACAGAUGUGAGGUUCAACCAGGGGAGAAAAGAGGGGUUAUCAAGUAUGUUGGUCGAGCAGAACCUCUUGGACUGGGAUUUUGGGUUGGAGUUCAGUAUGAUGAGCCGCUGGGGAAACACGACGGCAUGGUGAAAGGAACCCGGUAUUUCGAGUGCCCUCCUCUUCAUGGUGCAAUGCUGAGGCCAGACAAAGUAAAGGUUGGUGACUAUCCAGAAAGAGACCCCUUCGAAGACGAAGAAAUAUGAUGGAAAAAGAGUGAGUUAUGAAGCAGGGGAUAGGUGAUGGUGGAGUCUAAUCUUUGCUUUAAGGUCAUGCAUUCGUUUGUACCUUGUAGUGUACGCCAGCAUUAUAAAAGAGAUUGAACCGAAACCGAACCGAAUCGAAUUGGUUAUACUUUGGAUCGACGUUUUUGUUUAUUAGAUCUGGUCCGAUUGUAAAGCCGUCGACAUGGCCUGUUGGCUCCUACUCAUUUCCACUGUCCACAUUUCCAUCAGUUGACUUUGCUGGUUUUCUUGUCCUUACCGUUGACUUUGAUUUUGAUUAUUCCACUAAUGCUUUGAAGUACCCAUUGAUUCGUUCAGUUAGAUAUUUCUUCACCAUCAGAACUCAGAACUCCCAUCUCCAUGGCUUCUUCUUCUUCUUCUUCUUCCCCUGCUCCUCGUUUUACUUACCACGUGUUCCUGAGCUUCAGAGGCGAAGACACUCGCAAAAACUUCACCGACCACCUCUACACCGCCCUCACUCAAUCUGGAAUCAACACCUUCAGAGACGAUGACGAAAUCCGGCGAGGGGAGCACAUUGAGUCCGAAAUCAACCACGCCAUUCGUCAGUCCAAGCUCUCAAUCCUCGUCCUCUCCUCCGACUAUGCCUCUUCAAGAUGGUGUCUUGAUGAGCUCGCGUUGAUCAUGGAUCGCCGGAAAACCCACGGCCACAUCGUCGUCCCAAUUUACUACGAUGUCCUUCCCUCUGAUGUCCACGCCCUGUCUGGUAGCUACGGCGAAGCCUUUGCUCAACAUCGGAACUGUUUCGACGAGGAUGUCGUGGAUCGGUGGCGAGAGGCGGUUUCCCAGCUUGAACAUCUUCAACCCCACUUGGUCUUGCAAGACAGGUACGAAUCCGAGUUUGUUCAGGAUGUAGUAAAGCAAGUGGCGAAGCUGCUGAACCGUACACUGGUCGACGUGUCCACCCACUUGGUUGGAAUGGAUUACCGAGCAGGGCUCGUGAACUUAUGGCUGCAAAAUGAAUCCGCAGAUGCAACUGUUGCUGCAAUUUAUGGGGUUGGUGGUGUUGGCAAGUCAACCAUUGCCAAGAUCGUCUACAACCAAAACUUUGACAAAUUUGAUGCUGGCAGCUUUCUCGCUGAUAUUCGAAGCGUUUCAGGCCAACCCAAUGGGUUGGUUCGUCUGCAGAGGCAGCUUCUUUCUGAUCUCACAAAGGGCAGUGCUCCAAAAGUUUACGGUGCAGAUGAAGGCAUUGUCAAGAUCAAAGAUGCCUUGUAUCGUAAGAAAGUACUUCUCAUUCUCGAUGAUGUUGAUCACUCGGAGCAGCUGGAUGUAAUCAUGGGAUUGCUGCAGUGGUUUCACAAGGGAAGCAAGAUACUGAUAACGACUAGGCAUCAGCAUAUAAUGGGAGCUCAUGCGGUUAGCUUGAUGCUGAAGGUGAAAGAAUUGGACGAUAAAGAAUCUAUUCAGCUAUUCAGUUGGCAUGCCUUUGGUGGUGCUGAUCGUCCCGAUGAUGGUUACGAGUUGCUGUCUAAAGAAGCAGUGGAUCGUUGUGGCGGUAUUCCAUUAGCUCUUCAAGUUCUGGGCUCUUCCCUUUGUGGGAAGUCUAAUGAGGUAUGGGAAAGUGUGUUGCAGAGGCUGAAAAGGGUUCCUGAGAGCGAUAUCCAGAGCAUUUUCCAGAUAAGCUUUGGUUCUCUGGAGGAUGAUCAUGACAGAAAUUUGUUCCUUGAUAUUGCUUGUUUCUUCAAUGGAAUGGACGUGGACUAUGUUGCUAGGAUAGCUGGUGGAUGUGGAUUCUUUGCAUUUGUCGGUAUUAAGAAUCUGACCCGCAGAUGUUUGGUGAGUAUCAGCGAAGAGAACAAGUUGACAAUGCAUCAGCUGGUGGUGGAAAUGGGGAGAGAGAUUGUUCGUCAGGAGUCAGUUGAUGAUCCUGGGAAACGUAGCAGGCUGUGGGAUCAUAAGGAUUCUUUCAUGGUAUUGAAAGAGAAGAAGGGUACAGAUUUAGUGAAGGGUCUCACUUUGGAUAUGCACAAAGGUUCACCACACUAUCAAACACAGUCCCAAAAUAGUGAUUCAAAAGGAAACGUUUCGAAAAGGCAACGUCGUCUUGGCUUCUUCCACCAUAAACCAGCAGACAGUACUUCACAAGGUUCAUUCUCCAUACAGUCGGCAGCAAGGAUGCAGAAACUUAAGUUGCUGCAUCUCAAUGACGUGAAGUUCAAAGGGGACUACAAGAAUUUUCCUAGAAACUUAGUAUGGCUGCGUUGGAAAGGUUUCCCGAUGGAAUGUAUGCCGAAUGAGUUGUCCCUGGAAAAGUUGGUUGUACUCGACAUGAGAAAUGGCAACCUCAAAUAUCUCUGGAAGGAAACAAAGGUAUGAAUGAACGACACCAUAUUUUCUUAGUGAUUCAGUGACAGUACCAACAACAGUAAGUAAAUGAUUUAUUUCCUUUGUAUCAGUUCCUACCUGAGUUGAAGAUACUCAACCUGAAUCACUCUCAAAACCUUGUUAGAACCCCAAACUUCAAUGGACUCCCGAGCCUCGAGAGGCUGCUGCUCAAGGAUUGUGCAAGCUUAACCGAACUUGAUGAGUCCAUUUGUGACCUCAAGGGGCUUGAACUAUUGAACCUGCAAGACUGCACAAGUCUCAGGAAGCUCCCUGCAGACUUCGGUACUCUGAAAAGCUCUCUCUGUGUCCUUAUUCUCUCUGGUUGCUUGAAUCUCCAACAAAUGCCCAAGGAUUUGAGUGAAAUGGAGUCACUGAAAUUCCUAGCUGCCGACGGAGUUGGAAAAAACCAGGCACAAUCUAUUAGCACACUUUCAUUCUCAAUUUUUCCUAGCAAUUUGUUGAGCCUGAGCCUUGCAGACUGCAACAUAUCAACUCUUCCCAUACGGUUUACCCACAUGCCGUUCUUACAGAGCUUGAACUUGAGCAAGAACCCAUUUGGUUACCUACCGGAAGACAUCAACAAGCUUGGUAUGCUGGAGACCCUCGAGCUCGAGCUGUGCACAAAACUUGAAGCACUUCCGGAGCUUCCAACCAGUUUAAGCAUACUGAAGGCAGAUGACUGUUCCUCAUUGAACAGAAUAGCAAACUUGCCAAACUUGCUUGAAUGGUUGGAUUUGGAAGUCCAUGGUUGUGAAAGGAUAACUGAAAUUGGAGGAUUGUUUAGAUUAGACAGACUAAGCAGCAUUGACACAGAAGUGCUGAGCAAUUUGGGCCUGUUCGACCUCGAAAGCUUCGAGGGGAUUGAAAUAGAGAUGUCCAAUGCCUUGUCAUGCACGACCAUAAAGACACCAAUUCAGGUGUUCACAUUCCCUCUCAUGAAAUCCAUGUCUUCUUCACCCUUUGGUGUUUAUAGCAUUAUAAUGUUCUAACGACGAAAGCUCUUGUUUAGGUACUCCAAGAGUGCAACAUCUUCAGCACAUUCAUUCCCGGGAGUGAAGUUCCAGACUGGUUCAACAUCCGAGUUGAAGAAUCCUCAUCCCUGUCAAUGGUGCUGCCAGCAGCUUCCGGUCUAAAGAUACGUGGGUUGAGUUUGUGCACUGCCUAUACAGGGAAAUGGGAAUCUGAGGAAGAGAAAGAAACAUCACUUGUGGAUGAGAAUUACCUUAAGAUCAUCAAUGAGACAAGUGGUGUAAAAUGGUGUUACAGCCCCAUGUUCUUCGGAAUCCCUGGGGCUAAAGUCGCUGGUAGUAGAAACAGCAUGUUGUGGUUAAGCCAUUGGACGUUUGGAGAGUACUUGGAAGCAGGGGAUGAACUUCAUAUCGUCAUGGAUCUUGCGGCGUGCUUCGAAGUCCAAGGGUGUGGCAUUCGAGUCAUAUACGAGCAGCAGCAGGAGAGCAGCAAGGGUAAAGAAAUAGCUGAAAGCAGCAGCAGCAGCAGAAAUUUAUCUGGGUAUGAAGUUGGGAGGGAUGCAUAUCUUCUGAGCCAUCACAUGUUCUUGACACACCAAGCAGCUCCAAGAGAUGAUUGGGAUGAUUUGAGUGGUUAUGAGUACCUGUUCGAACCCAAUGCUUCUGAAGAUGAAUAUGUGACGGACGAUGAAAUGUAGUUCUGAUUCAAUGUCCAGUACUUAUGCUUCCCAGAUUUUUUAUCAGAUACUUCAACGAUAUGGACAUAGAUUUUUACAAUUGCUCUACUUCCAUUAUACGAGAACCUUGGUUUAUACGUUAAAUACUAUCUCGAUUUUCAUAAAUAGCCGACGAACCUAUAAAAGUCGGAUGAUACACACUUGUCGAAAUCGAUGCAGUCAAAACUGGUACUAGCUAAAAUGUAUUAGCGACAUGGAAACUAUCCACCGAAGACGAAGAAACCUUCAACCUAGAAGGAGCAAUAUCAGCAGAGAAGUAGCUCCUCCUGUCACCUUCCACUGAUGAAUCCAUAGAGCUAGAACCACCACCAACGGUGGAAGACGAAAAAGUAGACGACACAGCAGUCGAUGGGGCCGAAACAUAAGUCGCCACUGGCCUGCUCAGCGGGAGAACCGGCAAUGGAGCCUCAAAGUUGAGGACUUGCAAUGCUUGCCGAAUGGAAGGUCUGAACUUGGCAUGCGGGUGAGCACAACUCAGCCCAAUGAUCAUCAACCUCUCCAUUUCCCGCUCGUCGAAAUCCUUGCCCAGCCUUGAAUCAGGGCCUUCAAUCAACAACGUUCCAUCUCCAUAGAGGUCCCAAACCCAUUGAGUCAAAUGCUCCGCAUACUGCUGCCGCUGCUCCUCCUCUGGGUUCACCACAACAGCAGGCUUUCUCCCCGUAGCAAUCUCCAGAACCACCACGCCGAAGCUGUAAAUGUCCGAUUCGCGGCUCGCCUUGCCCGUUGUGGCACAUUCUGGUGCCAGAUAACCCAUCGUCCCUGCCAGCAUUGUCGUCUGUGAACCUUUCUCGUGGUCCACCAGCCUCGCCAGCCCGAAAUCGCCGAGCUUGGCGUUGAAGCUCGAAUCCAGCAUAAUGUUGCUCGACUUAAUGUCUCUGUGAACCACGCAUUGCUCCCACUCCUCGUGCAAGUACAACAACCCUGCUGCCAGCCCUUUGGCGAUCUUGUACCUCAUUUCCCAUGUCAACAAAAGAGAGUUCACAUCCUUGUUCUUGAACAGAUGGAUAUCCAAGCUGCCAUUGGGUAGAAACUCGUAGACUAAGAGCAGCUCCCUUUUCUCGUAACACCAUCCAAUGAGCUGCACCAAAUUCCUGUGCCGCAGCCUGCUGAUGAUCUUCACCUCCGCCGCGAAUUCCUUGAUCCCCUGUCUCGAUCUUUUGGACACUCUCUUCACGGCAACGUACUCAUUGUUCUCCUUGAUAAACCCUCUGUAAACCCCGCCGAACCCUCCUUCCCCAAGCUUGUUGUGCGAAUCGCUGAAGUUGUUAGUAGCCUUAGCCAGUUCCUUGAAAGUAAACUUUCUCGGCCCUGUCCCUUUCCCCAGUAUCUCAUCCAUCAUCCGGCGAUUAACUUCUUCCUGCUCUGCAUCGUCGCCGUCGUCGUCCUUCUCACCGUUAAAUCUCCGGCGCAGUCUUUUCCUAUACAGAAUUAUACAGAUCAAACACAACCCACCAACCAGAAAACCCCCAAUUCCAAAACCCACCAGCAAACCGACUCUGUUCUUCUUCUUCCCACCGAUUGGACGACUAGGGUUACUCCCAUUAGCAAGAGGAACGAUUUCUUCCAAUGUAGAAACGAAAUCCCAAGAAUGAAUCCUGUGAAUCGCGCUUUGAUUCCGUGUUGCUCCCGAGAACCCAAAAGUUACCUCUUCGGGAAGGUAAUCCCUCAAAUCGACAUUGUAGCUCAGCCGCCGAAUCACUGAAACGUUCCCCACAUACCCUGUCACCGCAACGCUCAAAUUUCGAAGAGCAGAAUCGUAAGAAAUCCAAGCAUCGCUCUUAUUCCCACCCAUUAUAUCUCCUUCCCAGGGUACGCUCGCCACCGAUCGCAUCGAAUUGAUGUCGAUUCCGGCGUGGCUCCCCGUCGGCGGAUCGAAUUCGUUGCUGAAAAUGUCGAACUCGACGGCGACGAAUCGAUUCGCCGUCGUGUUCAGCAGCUGUCCGUCUCUGGUGAGCCCCAUGGAGCUGGCAUUGGUGAGGUCAGGGGGAAGUCUGGAUCCCACGGGGCCGAGGAAGAAGGCGAGGCCGUCGCCGUAGCCGCCGGCGUCCUGGAUUUGGGAGGAGAUGCUGAAAGUGAAGUGGGUUCGGAAGUCGGUGAGGUUUCUGGAAUUGGGGUCGUAGAGGGGUAAAGGGGAGCGGUAGGUGGCGCGGCCGAAGCUGAUGUUGAGAUCGGAGCCGAGGAGGUUGCGGGUGAGCUGGAUGGAGUUCUCGGCAGCGAAGGCUUGCUCGUAUGUGAUGUUCUGGUUGCUGCUGGUGAAGGUUGUGAAGUUGAAGGAUAAGGCGGUGGUGGGUGAGGGGAUGGUGGUCGAGAUUAGUAGGAGGAGGAGGAGGAGGCCGGAAAUCAUGGCGGCGGCGGCGGCGGUAAGAUGACGGAGGGAGGUGAGGAAGAAAGAGGUGGAAGGUGUUGACCGUUUGCUACUAGCUGACGAAGACGCAUCCACCACCACAAAAGGACUGC